ACGCUCAGAUAUCGCGUGUCGUUCGCAGCGUGCGCUUGUUCUGUCUCGGGUAAUGCUACCGGUGAUACGUCGUCAUGCUGCCCGCGCUGCUAGUGCUAGCGUUGGUCCUACCAGUGCUUCUUUUAACGGAUCAUGUCGAUGGAAGACGAGCGCGCAACGUCGAGUCGAACAGCAUCGCCGCGCAGGGAGAUUUUAAUCACGAGAUGUCAUUUCCGCGAUUCGCCGAGAAUAUUUCCAACGUGACAGUGACGGUGGGACGCGACGCUCUUCUGGCUUGCGUGGUCGACAACCUACGGGGAUUCAAGGUCGCUUGGGUACGAGUCGACACGCAAACCAUUCUAUCAAUCCACCACAACGUCAUCACACAGAACCCGCGCAUCACCCUCAGCCAUAACGACCAUCGCUCAUGGUACUUGCACAUCCGCAACGUGCAGGAGACGGACAGGGGCUGGUACAUGUGUCAGGUCAACACGGACCCGAUGAGGAGCCGCAAGGGAUAUCUACAAGUAGUAGUACCUCCAAGUAUAGUCGAUCGUGAGACAAGCUCCGACAUGGUGGUUUUAGAAUCUACGAAUGUUUCACUGACGUGCAAGGCGACUGGGUAUCCCGAACCGUACGUUAUGUGGCGACGCGAAGACGGAGAGAACUAUCGCUACAACGGCGAAAACGUGAAUGUUGUAGAUGGUGAGGUCUUGUUCAUAACAAAAGUAAGCAGGUUACAUAUGGCGAACUAUCUCUGCAUUGCAUCCAACGGAGUACCUCCUUCUAUCAGUAAACGCGUUCAACUGCGCGUGCAAUUUCCGCCGAUGCUGACGAUACCGAAUCAACUCGAGGGCGCCUAUGUCGGGCAAGACGUCGCGCUGGAGUGCCACACGGAAGCCUUUCCGACUUCAAUCAACUACUGGACGACCGAACGGGGCGACAUGAUCAUCUCCGGCAGCGAUAAAUACGAGGCGGUUUCCGUCGACAAUGGCUACAAGAAGUACAUGAUGUUGAAGAUUCGCAACGUUGCGCAGACUGAUUUCGGAUCGUACAAAUGCGUCGCAAAGAACAGUUUGGGCGAGACGGACGGCGUAAUCAAAUUAGAAGAAAUCCCAGCUCCUACAACAAUAAGAACGACAACCCAUUUGCCGACAAUGGUACCGAAAAAGAAAGGUCGGGUGCGCGUCGGCGACCGGCGUGAACGCGGAGGCGGCGUUGACGACAACCGUGUAAUUGCUGGAAAAACCGACGUCGGCAUCCACCAAGAAUAUGACUACGAAGGCGACGGCGAGUUUACACUCCCAUCACACCGCCCCUCGGUGAUUCGGGAACCGCCAGGGGCGUACAGUGGCAUUGGCACCGGCUCCAAAAUAUCCCCGAGUGCGACCUUCACAGCCCUCGUAGUUUACGCAUUAGUGCUGUGCCUGAGGUGAUCCUACGGAUCCGGCAUCCUCUAAACAAAGACAUUUUUUACAUAUCCAGCUCCUGAGACUGACUGAAACGCCUUGCAUCACUCUGCAAGCGGUAUGCAUGUAAUAAACUUACCACGAAGCUAACCAGACGUGUUGUAAAUAAUGUAUAAAUAUAUCAAGUGUGUUUAAUAAAAUGCGACGCUGACGUGGCUGGCGAUAAAUGGUGCAAAUGCUGGUUUGCAUCUCGUGUGUACAUAUAACCAUGAUUCCUACAAGACGCAAAGCUAUGCAAAACGCAAAAUUGUAACAGAAUUAAAACAAAAAUGCAUUAAACAUAUUUAAAAACAUGAUCAUAAACCAAAAAAACUAAUGGAUAAGUCGCCCGCUCUGUCUUUAGUGUUGUUUUAAUUUGGUUUCAUCUUCUAAUCGAAGAGAGGAACAUUCCAACAUGAAAAAAACGCUAGAACUGCCUCAAUUGUGAGUAGUACGUGUGAUAUUGAAUCGAGCAAAAAUGUAUCUUAGCUAAAGUAUUAUAUAUUGUAAUCAAUCGGUGAAUAAAGUUUAAAAGGUAUAUGUAAAUAA